ACGUAGUGCCUGUAGCAGGGUGUAUCAGAAUGGGAGACAAGCCAAUUUGGGAACAAAUAGGAUCGGCAAUUGUCGAAAAGCUUUCCAGCCUGCCCUUCACAAAAAUAGCUCACAGCAUCACAGCACAAGACCAUCAGCCCACCCCUGAUAGCUGCAUAUUGAGUAUGGUAGUAGGCCAACUAAAAGCAGAUGAUGACCAGGUGCUGGGCUUCCACCAGAACUUUCUGUUGAAAAGUAUCAACACUGCCUGGGUUUGCACCAACGAAGUCUUCAGGCUUGCCCUGCACAACCUUUAAGCUUAAAGGCUCUCGGUGGUCACAUGGCCUUUCCUCCUUCUCUUAAUGUCU